AUGGAGCGGCACUACCGUGCCACCACCACGGGCUCCAGCACACCAGCAAAGGAGAAUGGGAUUACCGUGGGAGUCUUGGUGCGCGAGUACAGCCAGCUCUCGAGCCUGGAGAAAUUCUACUUCGCUUUUCCUGGGGAAAUUCUCAUGAGGAUGCUGAAGCUCGUCAUCUUGCCACUAAUUAUAUCCAGCAUGAUUACAGGCGUUGCGGCCCUGGACUCCAGCAUCUCUGGGAAGAUCGGCCUGCGGGCCGUCGUGUAUUACUUCAGCACCACCCUCAUUGCCGUCAUCCUAGGAAUUGUGCUGGUGGUGACCAUCAAGCCCGGUGUCACCCAGAAAGUGGAUGAAAUUGACAGGGUGGGCAGCACCCCCGAUGUCAGCACGGUAGACGCCAUGUUGGACCUGAUCAGGAACAUGUUCCCGGAGAACCUCGUGCAAGCCUGCUUCCAGCAGGUAAGGCUCAGACUUUGGCCCCAGUCACUCCCCUCUUCCCAUCGCCAGAUCCGCGUGGUGUCCGUGGGUGUUUUUAACGUGGGAUUCAAACAACUGAACCACCAGUUCGCUGCCCUGAUGACCCUUUCACAAAGACGAGGCUUCUGCCCCCCGCCAGCGAGCCUCGUGCACAACCGCCGCCUGUCGGCAUUGCUUCACACGCCAUUUUGCUUCGAGUCACGUUUCCAAAAGGAUGGUGGGCAGGGUGGCCCGUCCGCCCCUGUUGGGGAUGCCUGGUGCCCACACCCGGCCAUUUCUAGCAGAAGUCCGGUCACACGGCUGUGUGUGUUUCCUCCCCGCGGCUUCGGUCCCCAGAACGAAACCACAGACUACAAGGUCGUGGGCAUGUACACAGACGGCAUCAACGUCCUGGGCCUGAUCAUCUUCUGCCUCGUCUUUGGGAUCAUCAUCGGGAAAAUGGGAGAGAAGGGGCAGGUCCUGGUGGAUUUCUUCGACGCCCUGAGCGAGGCCACCAUGAAAAUCGUGCAGAUCAUCAUGUGCUACAUGCCCAUCGGGAUCCUCUUCAUGAUUGCCGGCAAGAUCAUCGAAGUGGAGAACUGGGAGAUCUUCCGGAAGCUGGGCCUGUACAUGGCCACAGUGAUGAGUGGGCUCGCAAUCCACUCCAUCAUCCUCCUCCCGCUGAUCUACUUCAUCGUCGUGCGGAAGAACCCUUUCCGCUUCGCCAUGGGGAUGGCCCAGGCUCUCCUGACGGCUCUCAUGAUCUCUUCCAGCUCGGCGACACUGCCUGUCACCUUCCGCUGUGCUGAGGAGAAGAACGGGGUGGACAAGAGGAUCACUCGGUUCGUGCUGCCCGUCGGGGCCACCAUCAACAUGGACGGGACGGCGCUCUAUGAGGCGGUGGCCGCCGUGUUCAUUGCCCAGCUGAACAACAUGGAUCUGGGCAUCGGACAGAUCAUCACUAUCAGUGUCACCGCCACGGCCGCCAGCAUCGGCGCUGCCGGCGUGCCCCAGGCUGGCCUGGUGACCAUGGUGAUUGUGCUGAGCGCUGUGGGGCUGCCCGCCCAGGACGUCACCCUCAUCAUCGCUGUCGACUGGCUCCUAGACCGGUUCCGGACCAUGGUGAACGUGCUGGGAGACGCGUUUGGGACCGGCAUCGUGGAGAAGCUCUCCAAGAAGGAGCUGCAGCAGAUGGACGCGUCCUCCGACGUCAACAUCGCGAACCCCUUUGCUUUGGAGUCCCCCGCGCCCGACGCCGACGACUCGGAGGUCAAGAAGUCCUAUGUCAACGGGGGCUUCGCGGUAGACAAGUCCGAUUCCAUCUCAUUCACCCAGACCUCACAGUUCUAGGACCCUGGCUUCCGACGACGGCGAGUGGGGCGGACAUCGUCACCAGUGGACUCUUAGCCGACGGACACCUGGGAGGGGUGGACGGCACACCAGUGGCCAGCUGUACACUUGAUUUGAUAUGCAGACAGACGUCCUGAUUGUUCUCUGCCGGGACUCACGGCUCGCUCUCUCUCUCUCUCUGCGAUUGGGGCCGCAGGGGUGGGGGCGGAAAGGAGUAGAGACAAGGACCGGGAGGUAGUCGGGGUCCUUGGCCCCUUCUGUUAGGCAGCGGUUGGAAGCGUGUGAACUAACAGCUGUCGGGGGCAGGUCAUGGAUGUGGAAGGGACAUGGUUUUCUCCCGCGCAAUCCAGUGUUUGGGGGCUUUUCUCCUUUUUUUUUUCUUCUAAAUAUUCUAUCAUUGAUAACAAAUUCGUACUCAGGCUUUA